AUGGUUGCGAGUCACCCCGGCGCUACACUGGUGUUAGCCGGUGACCUGAACUGCUGCCUGCUGAAGCCUGCUGCUGACUCGCCCGGCCACCGGCUGACUCGCCUGCUGACCAUGUACGGCCUGCGGAUCGUCAACACCGAACACCCGACUUACCGACCAGCCAACUCACUACUUGACGUCAUCGCAACCAGCCGGCCCGACCUGGUGACACGUGCUGGGGUGACCCGCUGCCAGUACGGCACCCCGCACGACUUCACACGGCUGGUGCUGCGCUGCGGUGGAGCGGGGCGACCGUCCCGACCGACUGUCCAGCGGAGAUGCCUGCAGAAAGUCGACUCUGAGCAGUUUAAUCUGCAGCUCUCCGAAGCGGACUGGAGUCCUGUGCUCUUGCGCGAGCGACCUGCCGACAAGUGGGAGGAAUUUCGCGCGAUAUUCCUCUCGCAGCUCGACGGGGUGGCCCCGGUCACCCGAGUGCGGCUGUCGCCACCCGGCGCGCCGCCCCUGACGGCUGACACCCGCCAGCUGCUAGCCGAGCGGAGACAGGCGCUCCAGGCAGGCGGACAGCGCGACCGCUACAAGGAGCUGAACCGCCAGUGCCGCGGAGCGAUACGGCGAGACCAGACUGCCCACUAUCAGCGCGAACUGGACAAGGCGGGGCCGGGCAGCGUCUGGCGCGUGCUGCGGCCUAUCAUUGGCAGUAAGAAGGAAACUGCCGUGCCCAGUGCUACCCCUGAUGCACUCAACGACUAUUAUGUCAGCAUUGGCCCUGCCACUGCCGCCAGCGUCCCGAGACCUGCUGCACCGGUGCCCGUCCGCCUGCCACGAGUGACGACAAGUGGGUUCCGGCCACAUCCCAUCGAUCUUGACACGCUGUGUCUGGUCCUGUGGUCCAUGAAGCCGUCUAGAGCAACCGGACUUGACGGGAUCAGUGUCGACAUGUUCAGGAGAUACUUCUGGGGUACUGGACAGAUUCUGCUCGACAUGAUCAACACGAGCCUGGUGACCUGUCAGGUGCCGGCGGCGUGGAAACACGCGCUUGUCACGCCAAUCCCGAAGGGGAAAGGACCUUCAGCUCCAGCCAACACCCGCCCAAUCUCGAUUCUGCCGGGAGUGAUGAAGAUCACUGAGAGAGUAGUGCAGCUCCAGCUCACUCAGUAUCUGGAGACCAACAAGCUGCUCUCCAGCGCCCAGCACGGAUAUCGGAAGGGUCACAGCACGGAGACCGCUCUCAGCGUCAUCACCGAACACGUCCUCUGCGCUAUGGACUGUCGCGAGAUAUCUGUGCUCGUGCUACUUGACCUAUCGAAGUGCUUCGAUGUGGUACCGCACGCCAGACUACUCGAUAAGCUGGCGCUGUAUGGCGUAGACACAGAGUGGUUCGGAGACUAUUUGCGCGGCCACACUCAGCAAGUGCAAGUGAUCGGUGGUGACGGCACUCCCAUGUGUUCCGCUGCUAAGCCCAACUCCAUCGGGGUCUUCCAGGGCGGCUCGCUCAGCUGUGUCUUGUACACCAUCUUCACGAACGAGCUCAGUUUGUUUGUGCCCGACGGGGUCCGAGUGGUACAAUACGCGGACGACACACAGUUGCUUGUCAGCGGCAAGAAAAGUGAGCUGCCUGCUUUAAUUGUCCGCAUGGAGCAGGCCCUUUUCCUCGAGCUGUUGGACCUGCUGGACACGCAGCUGGAGGAGCGGUUUGACAUGCCGUCAAUGCACAAAGUCGCUGAAGUCGAGCGGCUGCUGGAAGACGCGGCCGCGGGAAAGACGUACGCGGUGCCGGGUGCCGUGAAAGAGCUGUACGGCAGGAAUGUAGGUGUGAAGCGGCUGGAGGUGCAGUUGAAGAUGCUGCCGGACAUCAUGACUCAGGCCGCCACUGCCAGUGCCGCUUCUGUCGCGAGACCAGCAACUCAUCGGCCAUCAGCGCUCCGUGUGCAAGGCGCUGCAAUAGGCCAAGACGACUAG